UAAUAGCUCGUAUGUGCGAUGAAUCAUACACAAGCAGGAAAUAAACAAACAAGAGCUGCUGAAACAAACUAUAAUAGAAACCUUCUGGAAGUUAAUCUUAACUUGUAUAAUUAAUACUUACCAAUGAAGAUGAGACAAACUGUAUUAUUACACAGUGUAAUUAUAAUGAUUUGUUUGGACUGGAUAAAUACUGCAGGCAACGGACCAGUUAUUGAGUUCUGGAGAGCGCCAGUCCACAAUGAAGAUCAAGGCGUAUUAACAAACGGACUUGUAAUGGACUUGACAAGUACCGAUUUGUUCACCAUCCUUUGCAAAAUCAAACAUGUCAAGACUUUAAACAAGGUCACAGUUUUGAGAUUACAAUGGAGGAAGACGAUUUACGAAAACUACACUGACUUGGCAAUGCUUCAAUGUGUAGACAAAAAUAAUAAGGUUUCAUAUGAAAAGCCAUUUCUUGUCAAAGGAGAAAGUGGAUGGCGAGCUACGGGAGUGUUUGACUCGAAUCACUUCCCCCCGGUAGGGACACAGCUUGGUAUAGUAAGGCAAGUUUCAACGGUGUCUACUGAAGAAUCCGGAGAAUACAGAUGCCAUUUAGCGUACACCGAGGGUCCUCCAGCCUAUUCUAGUGCAAAAGCUUCGGUUUCCAAGACUUUGACCUUAACAGGAUCAUCACCGUCUUCUUCCAGUGUAACAUUCCUGCCUCAUGUGUUUGGACAUGUUUUGUGUAAUCUGUGUUGUAUAUUGCUAUUCAAAUGGUGCUCUUCUCCGUAUUGAAAUAAUUAAGUUGGACGUGAAACAACAAUACUCUAAGUAUUGCUAUUAUAUGUAGGAAAUAAAAUUAUUAACUUUUUAAACGAUGUUAAUCAAGGACUUUUAUACACUUUGAACAUAUUUUGGGAAACGCGCGUUCCAUGUGUUAUGACGAAGACAAGUGCAACGCUUUCAACGUUCCUCCACCACUCCAACCUCGCCCCAGGGACCUACAUAAGUGGAUCUUGAAUCGGAAAAUAGAUACUUUAUGUGUAUCACAUACGGUAGAACCUCAUUGUAUAGGAGAGACAUUUUCAAAGCUAAUAAUGAAUUUCAAAUAUACAUGUUGUUACUAUC